UUGACGACAGUUCACAGCUAGAAGAGCGUGAAGUAUUUUCCUGCCUAAAUCAAUUGCCACGCCCAAAGAAGCGAAUCCCGAAUCGAAACAUGAAGCGAACGCUCUUGCUUUUCUUCACGCUCGUCGUUGCCGUAAGUACAAUGAACGUUCCAGUACAAAUGGUGAGAAAUAUUGCGUAUGGUACAAACAUGACGACGGAGGAAGUGCAGGCUUGUAUCAACAACGCAGGCCUAAUGUUCGAGAAUUUACAGUUCUAUGAACAACUUGAAGACUCAGAUGACUUACAAAGCCUAGAUAUCGACGGCAACGGUGAAAAAAUCGGCUGCUUUGUCAACUGUUUACUCCGGAAGAAAGAAAUGGUAACGGGUACGCAAAUAGAUGUGGAAAAGGUUAAAAAAAUGGUGCACUCCCCGUUAAUUGAUGAUAGCGUAAUACAUAUAGCACACCCAUCCAUGGACACAUGCGCCGAUCACCUUAAAAGUCAUAACGAGUGCGAAGCAACCAUCAAAUUCUUAGUCUGUUUCAUGGAUGAAAUGCGACGCCGUAGAACACAAGAAACCAAUACUGAAUCCUGUGUCCCUAAUGAUAUUGAUAUAGUUGAUUAGAUAUCCGUUCAAUAAUAAUAAUAAUAAAUAAAGAAUAAGAAUUAAGCACCAUA